AUGGUUGCAGAAGAGUGUUUAAGGUUUCUAGAGUCUACGUGUUUUGAUCUAAGCAUAGAUCUUGCAACCUACCAAUUUGAAACAACCAUUGAUUCGCUCCCUACCAACGAAUCGUGCCCUGAGGCUGUCAAGAAAUGGUGCGAAAAUGUGAAGCAGUAUAACUACGAGGUGCUCAACACUGAUGAAGCUUUGGCCUAUUGGGAAAUGCGCAACAAAGCCAGAAACCAACUGAAUACAAACCUUUUCCAUACUGAUUUGGAUGCUGCUGCAUUAAGUCGUCUUUUGGCUGUCUCAUCGUCAGGGCAAAAAAAAGUAUCGAAUAUUAUGCACAUGAAACGCAAAGUGGAGACUCCCAAGAUGGAAGCUGAUAGUCUUUUGUUCGAUGGUGUUUCGGUGGGCACAACGAUCAAGUGA